AUGCUUCAUUCGGAGACAACACACGAGCCACCAAGAUACGACCGAGACGCUCGAGUAGUCCAAACCAUGCAAAGAGCUCUGGAAGAUCUCUGCUUGGAAUGGAACAUUCCAUCCCCAAAAUACAGAUAUAGCAAAAGAGCAAGCGUUGGCUAUGGCUAUAUUACCGGCCUCCACGCAACAGUACUAGUCAAUGAAAUUGAAUACUCGUCGCCGCUCGCCAGCACAGAUUGGCACCCUGGUUGGGGUUCCUACAACGAUGCUCGAGAAGCGGUUGCCGGCGAGGUUUUAAGAGCCCUUGGUGUCAUCCAGGACGAAUCUGAGUACGACGACUAG